AUGACACAGGCCUUCCUGCUCCGUGGCUACCUGCAGGACCUGGUCCCUGCAGAGGACGAGCGGUCGACGGUGCUGCGCUCCGAGGUGCUGGCCCACGACGGCGGGAUACCCAUCUUCAGACUGCGCAGUCCCGAGGAGACGGAGGCGGCGCACGACCUGCUGGAGCUGUCGCGCUCUCUGCCGCCGCUGCCGGCGCCGGGGGUGGUGACCGUGGCGCCGCCCGUGUGCUACCAGCCGCCGCCGCCAGCCCCCGAGCCCUGCUACCUGCCGCACCCCUCGCUCACCCCGCCCACCUCCGAGUACUCCUCCGACGCAGAGAACAACAGCCCCAACCACGAGGAGCGCGAGCCGUACCGCGCCGGGGUCGUGUACACGUACGACGCGCUGCUGGUGGCGGACGGCCGCUCCCGGGGCAAGGCGGCGAGGAAGCCGCCCCCGGAGCCGCCCCCCGAGGACGGCCUCCGGGACUCGGACGACGGCGGGGCGCCCAGCUGCAAGAGCGGCCGCUACUCGUGCUGCGAGUGUGGCAAGAAGUACGCCACGUCGUCCAACCUGUCGCGCCACAAGCAGACGCACCGCUCGCUCGACUCGCAGUCCGCCAAGCGCUGCGUCACGUGCGGCAAGGCCUACGUCAGCAUGCCGGCGCUCGCCAUGCACCUGCUCACGCACAAGCUGAGCCAUGCUUGCGGCGUGUGCGGCAAGCUGUUCUCGCGGCCCUGGCUGCUUCAAGGUCACCUGCGCUCGCACACGGGCGAGAAGCCCUUCGGCUGCGCGCACUGCGGCAAGGCCUUCGCCGACCGCUCCAACCUGCGCGCGCACAUGCAGACGCACUCCGUGGACAAGAACUACGCGUGCUCGCGCUGCCACAAGGCGUUCGCGCUCAAGUCCUACCUCAACAAGCACCUGGAGUCGGCCUGCUUCAAAGAGGGCGAGGAGCCGGGGCAGGUGCUGGGGGUGGGGGCACUCGUAGAGCAACACCUGGUGGAGCAGGAGGGCACCGACGUGGAGAUCGAGGUCAUGUAG